AUGAAGACCCCAAUGGUCAUGGCCACGGCGUUAAGCGGCUUGACUAUGCCUUCCACCUUAGAAGAAGCCGUAGCAAUGGGUGGUGCAUUAGAACAUAACGUGAGAGUAACAGUGUGCAACUACUAUAACGGGUUCGAGUCCUGGACAGACCAAUUGUCGUUAAUUAAAGAUUUAACUUUUGUUUAUUCAGUAUGGAAUUUGAUAUGGCCUAUUUGUCAAACGGUAAGGGGUUAUGGCGUUAUUGGCAGUAUUAAGAAGUUGGUUACCAGUGUUUCCAAAGUGGUAGCUAAAGCUGUGCUACAGUUGCCAAUCAUAAAGCCAAAAGUAGAGGCAGAAUUAGAAUCAACCAAAGCAAUGAUGUAUGACAUGAUCAUCAAGAAUGAUCUGAGUUUAUUACAGUUCCCGGUUCUUCCGCAAGAGGGUCUUGAAGAUAGAACCGUGUUGGAGGAAUUGGAUAAACUCCAGCUAUUGGAGCACUCUGAUUGGUCAAAGGGUAGGGUUAGUGGUGGAGUUUAUCAUGGAGGAAAUGAUCUUUUACAGUUGCAAGCUGACGCUUAUGCUAAGUAUUCCAUUGCUAAUCAAUUACAUCCUGAUGUAUUUCCUGGAGUACGUAAGAUGGAGUCUGAAAUCGUUUCUAUGGUGUUAGAUAUCUUUAAUGCCCCUAAGGAAACCGGCUGUGGAUGCACUUCUUCCGGUGGUACUGAAUCGUUAUUACUUGCUGGACUUGCAGCUCGUGAAUACGGUAAACGGAAGAAGGGCAUCGCCAAACCCGAAGUCAUUGCUCCAAUUACUAUCCAUGCGGGUAUAGAAAAGGCAUGCUACUAUUUUGGAAUGAAGUUACAUAAAGUUGAAUUGGAUCCUGACACUUAUAAGGUUGAUCUUGGCCGAGUGAAGAAGUUAAUAAAUAGUAAUACGGUAUUACUUGUUGGCUCUGCACCUAAUUAUCCUCAUGGAAUCAUAGAUGAUAUUGAAGGGUUAUCUAAAUUGGCAGUGAAAUACAAUAUCCCCUUACAUGUUGAUGCUUGUUUGGGGUCGUUUGUGGUAUCAUUUUUAGAACCUUCUAAAGUUCAUGGUGAAGAUGUAAAAUUGCCUUUAUUUGAUUAUCGUCUUCCUGGGGUCACUUCAAUUAGUUGUGAUACCCAUAAAUAUGGCUUUGCUCCCAAAGGGUCCUCUGUGAUCACUUAUCGAUCAAAAGAAUUAAGAGAAUGCCAAUACUAUAUACUGGUGGAUUGGACAGGUGGGAUGUAUGGCUCUCCUACACUUGCAGGGUCUCGACCUGGAGCAUUAUCGGUUGGAUGUUGGGCUACUAUGGUCCAUUUUGGUAAGGAGGGGUAUAAGAAAUCGUGUACGGAGAUAGUGAAGGCCACUAUGAAAUUGAAGAAGGCCAUUAAAACUCACAAAAUUCUACUGGAAAACUUGGAGAUUAUAGGUGAUCCCAUUGUUUCUGUAUUAGCCUUUAAAGUGAAGAAUGAAGCUUUCAAUGCCUGGCAAUUGGCAGAUAUUCUUAGUGCAAAAGGUUGGCAUUUUGCUACGUUACAGAAUCCGGCUGCUUUACAUUUUGCGUUAACAAGAUUAACCGUACCAGUUGUUGAUGAACUUAUUGAGGACGUUGUAGCCGCAGUUAAGGAAGCGAUUGCCAUGGCUGAAUCCAAUCCUAAGAAACUUAGUGGUGAUACUGCAGCCAUUUAUGGGGUUGCAGGAAGUGUUCACACCGGUUCGAUUGCCGGUCGGAUCAUUUCUGUAUUUUUGGAUGGACUUUAUGAAACCAAGCCGUAG